AUGAUAGAAAAUGCCCUGCCUUUGGCUACACUGACUGUGGAGCCACAUAGUCCUGUGUUCACUGGAGAGACAGUCACUCUGAGGUGUGUGAUAGAGUCUCUCAGUGACUGGACAUACAUGAUGUAUAAGUGGCCAAGCAGUGCCCCAGUGUCUGAGGGGAACACCUUCAACAUCAUAGCUGCUCAGUCUAAUAAGGGCCAGUACUGGUGUCAGGGGAAGAGAAGAGACAGACCCACAGCAUCACAAACAAGCAGUAGAAUAACUCUUGACGUAACAGCUCUGCCUGAAGCUAUGGUGAAUGUAGUGUCUCCUCACAGUCCAUACUACCCUGGAGAUGACGUCACUCUGAGGUGUGACAUAGCAGAGUACACAGGCUGGUAUCGGUAUGACUGGUAUAAAUACAAUAAUCAGAUAUCCAGCCAGACCAAGAAGACCAUCCUCAUCUCUCUUCCUGAUGAUGCUGGCCAGUACACAUCUCUGCCCACAGCUACACUGUCUGUAGAGCCUCCUCAGGGUCCAUACUACCCUGGAGAUGAAGUCACUCUGAGGUGUGACAUAGCAGAGUACACAGACUGGUAUCUGUAUUACUGGUACAGAGGUAGUUACUACAUUCCUUCUCAGAAAAGUCAAACCGCCAUCUACCUCCAUGUUGAUGUUGGCCUGUACCAGUACACAUGUGCAGGACGUAGAGGAUCUAGACCAACGACUUCCCAGCUCAGUGCACCUAUCUCCAUCACUGUCACAGCCCUGCCUUUGGCUACACUGACUGUGGAGCCACAUAGUCCUGUGUUCACUGGAGAGACAGUCACUCUGAAGUGUGUGAUAAAGUCUCUCAGUGGAUGGACAUAUAAGUGGUAUAAAGGGUUAAGCAGUGCCCCAGUGUCUGAGGGAAACACCUUCACCAUCAGAGGAGCUACGGAGUCUCAUAAGGGCCAGUACUGGUCAUCAAAGCCCAAACUCACAUUAAGACCAGGCCACCAGCUCCUCACAGGAGACUCAGUGACUCUGACAUGUGAGUUGGGUGUUUCCUCUGGUUUGGUGUUCUACUGGUACAGAGACACACAGACCUCUGAUCCUGUGGCCCAGACUGAUGGAAACUCCUACAGCAUCAUCUCUGUUAAAGUCUCUGAUGGAGGACAGUACUGGUGCAGAGCUGGGAGAGGAGACCCAGUCUAUCACACACAGUACAGUGAUGAAGUUGAGAUAAAGGUUACAGAAAGACCAAAAGCCACUGUUACCCUUAAAUCAAACUGGACAGAGUUCUUCAGUGGAGAAAGGGUCUCUCUCAGAUGUGACAUAAAGAGUGGGGAGAGCAGUGACUGGGAGUACAGCUGGUUUAGGAAUGGAGUCUCUAAGUCUGAAAAGGAACAUGAAAUCAGUCCAUCCCAAAAUGGUAACUAUACUUGUAAAGGACAAAGGAAACGUGAUACAAAAGAAUCAGAAGAAAGUGCUGCUGUUGGUAUUACAGUUUCUUCGGAGAAAGCCCAGGCAGUUCUGGGUUCCCUUUCACAGAUGUGGCUGACUGAAGGAGACUCAGUGACUCUGAGCUGUGAGGUUAGAGGCUCCACUACAGGCUGGAGAUUCCACUGGUACAAGACUGCCCCCUACAGUCCUGAGUUGGUAUAUGAAAAAAGAAGAUAUUCUCUACAGCUGGUCUCAGACAGCAUCAGUGGAGCUGAAGGCUCCUACACUCUCAGCCCAGCUGCUCUUAGACACACAGGGGUUUAUGUGUGCAAAGGAGAGAGAGGAGAGCCAGCCUAUCACACAGAGUUCAGCCAACCUCAGCCACUCUGGGUCACAGGUGUGUCCCCUCCAGCUUCUGUGAUCAUCCACUCAAACUGGACCCAGAUCUUUACAUCCGAGUCUCUCUCACUGAGGUGUGGGGUUCAGGGCAACUCUACUGGAUGGAGACUGAGGUGGUUCACAGGCAGAGGAGGGAUAUCAAAGUGUCCCACUCUCUGGAGAUCAGAAACAGGAUCCACCUGCAGCAUCAGCUCAGCAUCAUCAUCAGACAGUGGAGUUUACUGGUGUCAGUCUGAGUCUGGAGAGCAGAGUGAUCCUGUCACAGUGCACACUGGUAAUGUGAUCCUGGAGAGUCCUGCCCAUCCUGUGACUGAGGGAGAUCCUCUGACCCUGCGCUGUAGAUAUCGCCGUCAGCCAUCAAACAUCAGUGCUGACUUCUAUAAAAAUGGGACACUCCUCCAGACCUUCACCACAGGGGAGAUGACCAUCCCUGCAGUCUCAGAAUCACAUGAAGGAGUCUAUAGGUGCAGGAACCCAGAGAAAGGAGAGUCACCAGAGAGCUGGGUCAGUCAGAGGUCGGAAAGUUCAGAUUCUGAGUCCUCUAGUUUGGUGGUAGCAGUGGGCGUAGUGGUUGGACUGCUUAUAGCCUUUGCUCUGGUCAUUUUACUAGUCCUGCUGUAUCGCUCCCGCAAGGUCAAAGUUUCAGUGACACCAAACCUUGGUCAGCAGCAGAACAACAGCCCCAGUUCAACCUCCCAUCAAAGACCAGUUUCAGGUGGAGCUGUGGCUGGAACCAGUGACGUGGUCUACGCCCAGAUUGAGCUGAAGAAGAUGGAUGCAGAGAGGAAAAAGAAAGAAGGUGCAACAAAGUCAGACACCCUGUAUUCACUCCUGAAGCCAGUGAAGAAACCAGACUUAGCUGGCCCCAGUGAUGUCACAUAUGCUGAUGUACAGAUUAAGAUGAAGCCACAGGCGAACAGAGUGAGACAAAAGGCUGGUGUCAUCCUCAAGCCAAACUGGACAAAGCUAUUCAGAAGAGACACAGUGUUGUUCAGAUGCCACAUCCCAGGAGAGCCAUCCACCGACUGGGAGUACAUCUGGUACAAAGACGAGGAGGAGCUGAACCCAUCCAAGUCCUGGAGCGAGAGUAACGAGUAUAAGAACGUGGGUCCGGUGGAUGAAUCUGACAGUGGCGAGUAUGCCUGUUUGGGCAUGAGGAAAGUUGACUCUGUGUUCUCUGAGAUUAGCGAUGCUGUAAUACUUGUCAGUCAGUGUCAUUGUCAAGUCAGUGUCUUCACCGUUCAUGAAAAAGACAUCAUCACUAUCCCACUACCACCAAAAAAGGCUUACUCGUAGGCUGUAGUAUUGAACACAAUUGUUUCAUUUAUCAAUCCCACAGCGACAAGUACACCUGCACUGGUCUGAGGAAAAGUGACUACAAGUUCUCCCAAGCCUGUGAAU